UUUUAAAACUUUGUAGUAAAUUUAAUCUGUUGAAUUUAAAUACCUAACCAUUGACUUGUACUUCCUGAAAUGUAUAUACAGUUUACAAAUGCUUAUUAUAUGCAAAUAUUUCACAUGAUGUAUGGACAUAACAUUUUGUUGUCUGUUUGUAUACUCUGCCAUGUCCUCCACGGUACACUAUCACAAGUUGGAGAAUGCACGGCAGGUCCUGGUGACGUGAAAACAUUUGGUCCAGAUUGCCAAUACCAGUGUCAUUGUAAGAAUGGUACUGCGUGUGAUGAGGACAAAGGAUAUUGUCAAAACAACUGUGACAUCAAAUGGUACGGACCAGGCUGUCAACUCAGCGAUUUGGCGGAAACAGAAAUAGCCAGGCAUUUGGACAAUAUCAAGCCAGGUCGUUGGGCUCGCUAUGCCAACGAUGGCGAUAAAGCAUCGUGUAGUUAUACUAAUACUGCGAAGGAUGGGGCGUCUAGAACACGGCCUCCAUGGUGGAGAGUUCAAACACCAAAACUUGAAACCAUAUGGGAAAUGGUAUUUCUGACCAAAGAAGAAUACUUACAUUAUUUCAAAGAAUUCAAAGUUACAGUAGAAACUGCCCCAGCGAAUAAAGCCGGGGAAGGGAAUUAUUAUCCACCGGAAACCGAAGUUAGGCUGUGUUAUCAGCACGAUAAUUCUGUGCCUUCUAACGAAUCCAUCCAUGUCACGUGUGGUACACUGCUGACAGGAAAUGUCGUAAGAAUAGAACUGGCAAGCAAAAAUAGUCAGCUUGUAUUAUGUGACGUCAGAAUAUACGGCGGGCGCAAUUUGGCUUUUAAGAAGAACGUAGCAUUUAGUGCGGCAAUGGACGAAGAUCUGCAUCCUGCAACAUUGGUAGUGGAUGGUGAUUCUAGAAACAGCCCUUUAGAUUAUUGUUUUUCUACAGAACAGAGUAACUCCGAUUAUUGGGUUACCGUGGAUUUAGGCCAUCUUGCGUUUAUUAAUCGUAUCAAAAUCACCAAAUACAAUGAUGACCGCAUACAAGACUAUGAAAUAUAUGUGUCAAAUACAACGGAACAGAUGGACGCUGUGUUGGCAUACUCGGAUAAUAGUAAAUAUCCACCAAAUCUGGAAGUUUCAAUGCACACGACAGGACAAUUUGUCAAACUAGAGAGACCUAAAAAUCGGGAUGCAACAGUAAUCUGUGAGCUCGAAAUAUACGGAGAAUGCUCGACAGGGAAAUGCGGGUUUAACUGUUUAACAGAAUGUCAUUGCAAGACAUUUGAGGAAAGAGUGUCUGGAGUAUGUACUUCCGGUUGCGAAGGACGAUGGACCGGUCCAGGAUUAGAGUGUAUAAAUAACUGUGACGAAACUCAUUGGGGAGAACAAUGCACACUCCAGUGUGGACGCUGCAAAGAUUUUCAGCCAUGUGAUGUACUAACCGGAUAUUGUAAAUCCGGAUGUCAAAAUGGUACCUUGGAAACGCCUUUGUGUGAUACUGAUUGCCCCAAUGGUACGUAUGGUGAGAAUUGCACGCUUGAAUGCAGCGGUAACUGUAACGAUAAAGACUCGUGCAGGAAAACAGACGGACACUGCGAGAGAGGCUGUAGUCCUGGUUUUACAUACGACAAAUGUGACACAAAGUGCCCUCGUGGAUCAUAUGGAUUCAACUGCUCGUCAACAUGUAGCGUUAAUUGUGCAAGCGUUUUCUCAGACUGUGAUCAUAAUGAUGGAUCUUGUUUUGAUGGAUGCUUGCCAGGCUGGGAAGGAUCACGAUGCGAAAAAAAAUGUGAUGCUGGAUUUUGGGGUAUGAAUUGUGCGAACAUGUGCGGACACUGUUUAUCUGGAACAUGUAAUACUAGAAAUGGCGAGUGCAGUGGUGGCUGUGACGCCGGUUUUAAGGAUACACCUAAAUGUGAUCAAGAAUGUGACAUAUAUAAUUACGGUGAUAACUGCAGCAGAUUUUGUAGUCCAAAAUGCAAGAAUGUUUGUGACAGGGUUAACGGUACAUGCAGUAACUGCACUACCGGUUGGAAAGGAAGCAAGUGUUUGCAAGAAUGUGACAGCGGCGAAUGGGGUGAAAAUUGUGAGAAUCAAUGCGGGCAUUGUUUAAAUGGAUCAUGUGAUACAUCUGACGGCACGUGCGACGGAGGAUGUUCACCAGGGUAUAAAACAACAGAAAUGUGCACAGAAAAAUGUGACGUUGGAUUUUGGGGUAAGAAUUGUGUGGAAGUGUGCGGAAACUGUUCAUCUGGAAUAUGUGAUGCUAGGAAUGGCGAGUGCAGUGGUGACUGUGAAGCCAGGUAUAAGAACACACCAAAAUGUGACCAAGCAAAACUCAACAACAGUAAAGAUGCUAUCGACUUUCCCGUGGCUGCUGUUGUUGGUGGUUUACUUGUUGCUGUUGUCGUGAUACUGUUGGCGUUGGUGUUUCUGUUGUUGAGAAGAAAGAAGAGGAAAUUGCCGAAAAAUAUGACGGAUCAUGAUGCAUCAAGGGAUAGAAAUUACUUAUCACCCGCAUAUUCGACAGCACUGUACGCAAAUGAGAAUAUUCCGACAGAUCACGACUAUGAUAAUGUAGUGCAAACAAGAGAAGGAGCAUACGAGGCUUUACAAGAAGAAACAACCGAGAUGCACCACUACGAAACGCCUACUAAUGACGCGAACCAGUCUUUUGAAGAAAGAGAAGGAACAGCAGAGCUUCACUUCUACGAAAAUCCUUAUAAUGACCCAAACCAGUCUGACAAAGAAAGAGAAGGAACAACAGAAAGUCAAAACUACGAAACGGCUUCUGAUGACGCGUACCAGUCUGUAGUGGAAAGCAUGAUAGAUGUUCAUGUGUAUAACACACUACAAAAUUAAAAUGAACUUCGUGUUUAGGUCAAAUGUAGUUUGCUCUUCUGUCUAGACAAACAAUCAAUGAAUUUGUAAAUGACUGUGCAAUGAAUCUUUACCUGAUGUCCAAAUCUUUAACAAUGUCUUUGUCAUUUUUAUUUUUAUGCUAUCAAAAUAUCAUCAUGUAUACGUAUUUCCGUAUAUCGUAUAUGCAGAUAUCCUGUUCGUUUACCAACCCUUUUACAAGUAGAGUAACUGAAAGCGGAUGCGUAGGCUGGUCUGGAUCCAUGCUGGUUGCAACUGUACUAUGUUGGUUUUGUCGUGACGAGGCUCAAUUGCAUUUUGACAUUUAAAUAUCCUCGCUAGCAUGCAAAACAUCCCGUUUCCUAUACCAAUUUAAAAAGGGUGAUUUUGAACAUAGCAGUUUAAAACAUUUUUUUUCCUUGUUGUGUUUGUGAAGAAAAUUACAAACGAUUCGCAAAAACAAACGUGUUUUGAUU